AUGAAGAAAUUGAUCUGGAGCGACGAACUGGCAAAAAUAGCCCAGAAAUGGGCAGAUGGUUGCAGUUUGAAACACAACUCAUUAAGAUCUCAACAAUCUGCUACAUUCCAUUAUGUAGGAGAAAACAUUCAGUGGUCCACACGAGCCCACACGGAAGAGUACCCAGUUGACCGUUGGUUUGCAGAACAUGUGAAUUACAGUUACGGAAACAACACAUGCUUAAAGGGACACUGUGGUCACUACACACAGGAAGUUUGGGCGACCACUGAAUAUGUAGGAUGUGCAACAUCUCACUGCCCUGACGGACAUUAUUUUAUCGUUUGCGACUAUGGGCCGGGAGGAAACUACCGAGGAGAAAUUCCUUACACCCACGGAGCACCCUGCAGCAAAUGUCCACACGGUUAUCAUUGCGAGAAUAAGCUGUGUACAAAAUCCUCCUCCUCCCACACCACCCACCCCCACACCACUCAUACCACCACCACGCAUAAACCACACCACCAUGGUUAGAUCAGCACCAACAAAAUCAGAAAGAUAUUCAUAUAUUUACCUGAAUUAAAUGACACUUUUUGAUAUAUUUCUUA